GAUAGCAAAGAAGUAGUAGCAGAACAACUUAAUAAUCAUAAUGUUCAUGAAAAGACAGCAAUAGAUGUUAACAGCAAAUAUGGCCAUACUGAAGCUCAUUUUGGUGGUAAAGGAGGAAAUGGAGGGGAAGAAUCUCGAUCUCCUUCGAAUCAGGGAUCGUCGAAUGUCAUACCAAUUUACGCUGCAAAUGCUCACCACAAUCACCAUCGCGGUGCUGCAAGCUGCCACGGAAACCACAAUGAAUAUCUAGCCUUCGUCGCUGCAAUGUUCUUCGCUUGCAUUGUACUUAAAGACCCUGUGUUUAUUGAGUAAAAAGAGAGUACAACGUAGUCAUUCUGAAUCCCUGACUCGUCUCGUUUUGAGCCUUUGGCCUAUAUGACAUUGGGUCAAAUCUGUCUAGUGAUUGUUGUGUACUCUGUUUGUUUCAACUUUGAUUAGUUGUGGAUGUAUUAGGAUGUUUAUGUCUUUUUGUUUCCUUUUUUUUCCUACAAAACUUCCAUUGUAUAACAUGUUGAUUGGAUAAGCUUUAUAGUUCUGUAUUCAGGAUUUUAUCAGCUUA